AUGGAAAGGUUGCUGGUAACUGGUAAGGACUAUGCAUCUAAUUGCAGUGUGUUCGUUACUCAAAUAUGCUCAGGACUGCUUGAACACAUGUACGGGUACGUCACACCUAGUGAUGUCCUUGAAUUAAUAGAUACACAAAUUGGGAAGGGAGAAGUCAUUGAGCGGCUCUGGAGGGGGAAGAUGGGUGUAGCUGUCAAAGAAGCUGAAAAGGUUGAGAAACCAAAGGUUGCUAAUGGAACAGGCACAAACAACCAUGAGCAACAGCCUCAAGAGGUUGGUACUGGAGAAACAACAAAAACCGUGGGAGGCUGUUGCCAAGGUGCUAAUGGUUUCUCAUGCUGCAUGAAUGAGGUUGUGGAGAAGACAGACAAGGAACAACAAGGACUCUCUGCCUGGACCGGGAAAUGGGAGCAGCGUCAAGUCCUCACAACUGUCGCUGUGGUGGGUGCGGUGGCUACUAUCGCUGUGACAUAUGGUGUGUACCAUAGGGAGUAUAUUACCGUAAUAUCCAAUAGGAAGUUGCAUGCCCGUGAUUUUAUACAGAUGCUGAAGGUUAUAUGA